AUGUUUUUACGCUCGAUUCUGCUGGGCGGCUCUGCGCUCGCCAGCGCCAUGCUGGUUGAUCCGGUGACGGAAUCCGCGGAUGGCUUUGAAAUCAUCAACCCAACGCAACUGGAUGAAUACACUCAUGCGACUUUCGCCCUACCAUGCGCUGAAUGCCCAUUCCGUGAGACCAACGAAGAAGGCCAAGUUGACUACACACAGGGCUCACCAUCAUCCCUGACCUUGGAUUUCCUUGUCGAAAACGAUCGCCUGCUGGCCAACGGCCGGCAGAUCUUCCCACCGGCUCCUCCUACUCCCAUCCUUGCCGUUCAACAAAACGAAGAUGGCAAGCACUCCGACCCUGUGCCCGUCGGCUAUGCGCUGGAAAUCAUGCCAGUGCCACACAGCCCUCACGACGAACCUGGCUACGACCUGAUCGACCUUCGCUUCACCGUCCUUGACGUCGAGGAUCACCCUGUUCCAAUUGACACUGUGGCCAUCAGCUUCAUCCAAACACCCAGCGGCGAAAUCUUCAUUGGCCGCGCUGAAAUCGAAAAGACCACUCCGGUCGACAACCACACUUCCUGGAAAGACUGUCAAGGCAACACCAAAUGCCUCCAGGAACUUCUGAUGGUCCGCAUCCGCGGCCUCCUGGCUUCUGCGAAGAACCGUGUCAUGGGAAUGACCAAAUCCGGUCGCAAAGGUUGCCACGGCAAGCACAAGGGCGACAAAGCAAUUCACCCUGGCCCCCAUGGCCACGAAGGAGUCGACAUGCCAUUCCCCCCUCCGCCUCCAUUUGGGGAAGAUGGCUUCGGGCUGGAGGAACACGGCCGCCCUCAUGGCUUCUCUGGCCACGGUCGUCCUCGCCCUCAUCACCACCAUCACGGACAUCACGGUGCUUUCGCUCGCACAUUCUCUCGAGUUGUGCAUUUCAUCGUUGUUCCCGCCAUCCUCGGCGUUCUUGCCGGUCUCACUGCAAGUGCCGUUGGCAUGCUCGUCGGCCAGGCUGUCGUCUUCAUCUGGCAGCGCUACCGCGGCACUCAACCCAUUGAACACAAGGCCGCCUGGGAACAAGGCGAGGCCUGCGAAAAACAAGGUCUCAUGACUGACUCGCGCUACUCCGAGGAGGUCCUUCCUGAAUACAAUUCUACAGAUCCCUCUGAGCCCACGGAUUCCCUGGACAAGAACUAA